UUUGAUGGAAGCAUUCCUUCUACCAUAAAUAAUUGCUCUAGCCUAAUUGUUCUAGACCUUGGAAAUAACAAUUUAUCUGGGACCAUCCCAGAUUCCAUAGGACACAUCACCUCUCUUCAAGUCAUUGAUUUUUCAAGGAAUAAUUUGACUGGAAGCCUUCCUUAUACCAUAGGUAAUUGCUCUAGCCUAAUUGUUCUUGACCUUGGAAAUAACAAUUUAUCUGGGAUAAUACCAAAGUCGUUGGGCCAAUUACAAUGGCUCGAAUCAUUGCAUCUGAACGACAACAAGCUUUCAGGAGAGCUCCCCUCAUCUUUCCAAAAUUUAUCAAGGUUGGAACUCCUUGAUCUCAGUUAUAACCAAUUAUCGGGUAAGGUUCCUUCAUGGAUUGGAACUGCUUUCAUAAAUCUUGUAAUACUCAACUUGAGGUCAAAUGUAUUUUUUGGAAGACUUCCCUCCCAACUUUCAAAUUUAAGCUCCCUGCAUGUCUUAGACCUUGCACAAAAUAAUCUAAUGGGUGAAAUUCCAGUCACUUUGGUUGAGCUUAAAGCCAUGGUUCCGGAGUAUAACAAGAAUAGAUAUCCUUUGUAUGACAAUGUGAGCAACUCUCAGUAUGAAGAACGAUUGGUGGUGAUUAUGAAAGGUCAAAGUCUUGAAUACACCAGGACUCUUUCUCUUGUUGUAGGCAUAGACCUAUCCGAUAAUAAUUUAAAUGGAGAGCUUCCCCAAGAAAUAACAAAAUUGUUUGGUUUGCUGGUUUUGAACUUGUCUGGGAAUCACAUCAGUGGCCAAAUUCCUGAAAGGAUUUCAAUGUUGCACCAGUUAUUAUCUCUUGAUUUGUCAAGGAAUAAGCUUUCCGGCAGCAUUCCUUUAAGCAUGGUUUCAUUAACAUUCUUGAGUUAUUUGAAUCUAUCGAGUAAUAAUUUCUCUGGUAAGAUCCCCUUUAUAGGGCAAAUGACAACCUUCAAUGAGUCAGCCUUUGUUGGAAACCCUAAUCUUUGUGGAGCUCCAUUGGUCACAAAAUGCCAAGAUGAAGAUCUAGAUAAAAAGUAUAGUGCUAUUGAGGACAAAAAUGAUGGUGGUUAUAUUGUUCAAUGGUUUUACUUGAGUGUUGGCUUGGGAUUUGCGAUGGGUAUUUUAGUUCCAUAUUUUGUUUUGGCAACAAGGAAAUCUUGGUGUGAGACCUACUUUGAUUUUGUGGAUAAAAUUGUCAAAUGGUUGUUGAGAGGAAGAGCAACCUAUGCCAAAGAUCACCUGCGAAGGUAAUAAAUUUUGUUUGUAGAUCUUUAUAUGCUCUAUGUAUAAUUACAAACUUUGAAAGUGAAUUUCAUUACAGUUGCAAUA